AUGGCUGCCUCAACGCGCACAAUCGCGCGCCUUCCCCGCCAGCUCUCCCGUCGCACAUUCAGCAUCUCAGCUGGACAUGCUCAAGCACCCUUUGGCUCGGGCCCAGCGCCACCCCGCCUACCCAAGGAAGAGCAAGAACUCUUUGAGAAGCUGCAAAAGCAAAGCACUGGCGCCUUCAGCACACCCAAAGACAUUGAAACCCCAACAUCCAAACCAAACAUCCGCAUGCAAAUCAACCAGUCUCCAGACUCGUCAUCUCCAACACCCGCCUCCCCCGCCUCCAGGUCAAGACCACAAAUAAAUCAGUCACCCGACUCAGCUCCCGAAGUACGAUUUGAGAAUGGCAAGGAAAUCAAGAAGGGGGAGGAGUUUCAUCCUAAUAUGAGGAGAGGGGCACCGCCGGAGUUUGAGGGUGAUGUCAAUCCCAAGACGGGGGAGGUGGGCGGACCAAAGAAUGAACCUCUUAGGUGGGGAAGCACUGGAAAGACGGGUGAUUGGAGCUAUAAUGGGAGGGUUACUGACUUCUGA